AGCUGCCCUCCGUCGUAAAUACACGACCGUGAGUGCUCAAGUGUUCAGAAAACAAGCCGACCUACCAACUAAAGAACGAGUUUUUAUUACAACCGUUGGCGCACCCGAGUAUGUGAAGUGGCUGGUCGUGUGUCAAGAGCCUUUGUAAUGGCGCUGCGGAGAUAGUGCCAGGUCGUGAUUAGAGCACGUGUAGAGGCGGCAUGCGUGUGCUAGUCGCAGCGUUUGCGGCGCUGCUGGCUCGCGCUUUGGCAAGCCCGCACGAGCAUCGAGCGCGGCACCAUGCACCGGAGCACGCCUCACAUUUCCCUAUACCAGCACCUCCCCAACCAUACCGAGGCCAUGGGGAAGCUGUGAGAUACAAUCCCGAAUCUGAUACGAUCCUCCCGCGCAUAGACGAGCACGAAACCUCAUCGAAGCGCGCAAGAUUCGAGGAAACGGAAACUUCGUCUAAGCGAGCUCACGAUGAACGAUUCUACUCUAAUCAUGAGCGAGUCGAAGAACUCAUGGCUGACGAACCUCAUUAUGGUCCAGAUGAAGAAGAUCCACUAAUUAUUCGAACUAGAAAAGGACGAGUAAAGGGAAUUACACUUACUGCCGCAACCGGUAAAAAAGUAGAUGCUUGGUUUGGAAUACCAUAUGCUCAAAAGCCAAUUGGUGACUUAAGGUUCAGGCACCCAAGACCCAUUGAAAGCUGGGGUGAAGAAAUACUGAAUACAACAACACUGCCACAUUCGUGCGUCCAAAUUAUUGAUACAGUAUUUGGGGAUUUUCCCGGUGCUGUGAUGUGGAAUCCCAACACAGAUAUGCAGGAAGACUGCUUAUAUAUAAAUAUAGUCUCACCGAGACCACGUCCGAAAAAUGCAGCCGUGAUGCUUUGGGUCUUCGGUGGGGGAUUUUAUUCUGGAACAGCCACCUUGGAUAUCUAUGACCCUAAGAUUCUUGUCUCUGAGGAAAAUGUUGUGUACGUAUCUAUGCAGUAUAGAGUUGCAUCUUUGGGAUUCUUAUUUUUUGAUACAGCUGAUGUGCCCGGUAAUGCAGGUCUAUUUGAUCAAAUAAUGGCCUUGGAGUGGGUUAAAGAUAAUAUUGCAUAUUUUGGAGGGAAUCCACACAACAUAACACUGUUUGGCGAAUCAGCCGGAGCCGUGUCAGUUUCACUUCAUUUACUUUCACCGUUGUCAAGGAAUUUAUUUUCCCAGGCAAUUUUGCAAUCUGGAGCUGCAACAGCUCCUUGGGCUAUUAUUUCUAGAGAAGAGAGUAUUCUUCGUGGAAUGCGAUUAGCAGAAGCAGUUCAUUGUCCGAGCUCUAGAACAGAUAUAGGCCCAAUGAUAGAAUGCUUACGGCAGAAAAGCGCUGACGAGUUGGUAAAUAACGAAUGGGGUACAUUAGGUAUAUGUGAAUUUCCAUUUGUACCCAUUAUUGAUGGCUCCUUUUUAGAUGAGAUGCCACGUCGGUCUCUAGUUCAUCAAAAUUUUAAAAAGACUAACAUUCUCCUAGGUUCGAACACUGAAGAAGGUUAUUAUUUCAUAUUGUACUAUCUAACAGAACUGUUUCCAAAGGAAGAAAAUGUUGGCAUCUCUAGAGAACAAUAUCUUCAAGCUGUCAGAGAACUAAAUCCUUACGUAAAUGAUGUAGCGCGUCAAGCAAUUGUGUUCGAAUAUACAGAUUGGAUCAACCCGGAAGAUCCAGUGAAAAACCGAAACGCUCUGGAUAAAAUGGUUGGUGAUUACCAUUUCACUUGUGGGGUCAAUGAGUUCGCCCAUCGAUAUGCGGAAACGGGUAAUAACGUCUACAUGUAUUACUAUAAACACCGGAGCAAGAACAAUCCUUGGCCUUCUUGGACAGGUGUAAUGCAUGCUGACGAAAUUAAUUAUGUAUUUGGAGAACCUUUAAAUCCCGGAAAGAACUAUUCUCCAGAAGAAGUAGAAUUCAGUAGACGACUUAUGAAAUAUUGGGCAAAUUUCGCAAGAUCUGGGAAUCCGUCUAUAAACGCUGGUGGGGAUAUGAUCAAGGAGCCAUGGCCGGUGCAUACAGUAUCGGGUAGAGAAUAUCUCUCUCUGGCAGUGAAUUCUAGUAGUGUAGGACGUGGAUUACGAGUCAAACAAUGUGCAUUUUGGCAGAAAUACAUACCACAACUAAUGGUCGCAACAAGUAAGCAGGAUCCACCGCAGAACUGUACUAACAUCGCACCUGGGUCCCAAUCCUCGUAUAUUGCAGUGGGCUUCAGUUAUAUUUCAGUGGUUAGCUUAAACACAAUGUGGUUCAAAUAUUUUAAAUUCUUAAACUAAUAAUUAUGUACAAACGCUUAAUUCUUGCUUUUUUAUUAUUUAAAUGUUAAAUAGACAAUUGUUCAUCGCGAUAAGAAUUGGAAAUAGAUAUUUAACGUCAUGGUUGUUGCAAAUAUAAUUUUGAAGGCCUAUAUGUUUGAGUUACAAAUAUAUGUGAAAUAUUUUAUAAAGUUAUUUUUAUAUGUAAAAUAUAUUAUGUUUUAAAUGUAAGAUAUUUUAGUAUUAUUCUGUAAGUUAUCUAGUGGUUAUGUUGCCUAACAUUCUGCUUUUAUAAGCGUUAUUGGAUAUCCAUCUAUGUUGUCUUUAAGGAGUAGUUUCUCCUUCAACAUAUCACUUGUUACUAACAAAUUUUAGAAGUAUGUAGCGAUAAACUUGUAAUUCUAAGUCUUUACAUAUCUUCGAAUGUUUUAAGAAAGUGAUAACAACGCGCAUGCUCAUUUAAGGGGGCUCGGUUCAUAUGAGCAUAAAGUUAAAAAUGUGUUUUAGCAAGAUGUAGAAGGAACAAUGUGUUAGCUUUAACGCCUCUAAUGCAAUACAUAUCACGCAAGGCCAGUGAAAUGAUUCAAGCCUUACAUAAGUAUAGGUUAAUAAGGUUGGCAUUUCAUUACUAUGUAGCGGACCAAUAUUAGAAAGUUGUACGUUUGAGGUUUAAACCAAUAUGAAAAUAACGUAUUGGUAAAGAGCAAUCUAUAUAAAAAUAUUUCGAACAAAGAAUAUGAAAAUAGCUAGGCUGAGGUCAGAACCAAUUACGUACUACGCAUAGAGGUAAUAUUAAAAUUUUCUACUAAAUGAUUGUUUAUCUGAACUAUCUCUAUAACACAUGAAAAAUCAAAACAUUGAAAUACAAUAUUCAGUCUUAGUUCGUUCAGGUUAGACUUGCUUUUGGAUUGAAUAUUUAUAAUCCCUGUAAGAUCAUAUGAAGUAGAAUUUUUAGGCUCGGUAGUUACUAGUUAGGGUACAGCGGUUCAGCUUUCGAAUAUUGGUGUUUACGAAAUAAGUAUUGAUAAUUAUGUUAACAAAUUUAAAUUUCAAGUCCUAAAUUUGGAAUGUUUUAUGAAUUCAGCCUCACUGUAUUUCAAAAGUAGAUAAACAUUUAUUAUCGACUUGUAAAUUCACCAAUUCCUCUUUCACUAUCCCUAUUAAACGGAGUCUACUAAAUGGGUAACUAAGAAUAUAAUAUCAGUGUAGUUAAACGUUGUCAAAAAUCUCAGAAAAAUAAUGAUCAGACAGAUAGAUCACUUACCUAAAACUGGCUGUUGCGUUUUAAAUAGAGUAAAUAAAUAAUAAUAGAAAGUGAAAGAGGCAUUUAUUAACAUUUAGUGUAAAUAAGGUAAUGUAACCUAAGUAGAAUUUAUCGUAAAAGCCCGAGUCUCUUGCCUUUAUUAUUUCAAGAACCGGGCGCUAUGUAUCAAAUAACCUGUUGUGAAAGACGAUACACUAUGAGAUAGAUAUGUAUAAUUUCACGUAGAAACUUUCGUUUUGUUCUAUGUAUAUGAACUGUAUAUUUGUAAGAAAACUUUAAUAUCUGAGUCAAAACUAAUGGACUGUCACCUGCUUGGCUUAAACGAUGUAAUAUUUGUGGGCUGAUAGAUUAAUAUAGUCAUGUAUUUUCACGUUCAAUGUUUCAAGGACUACGCUUAUUUGAACCUGCGUAUAAACCUAUAGAGUGCCUCUUGUUCACUUUUAUAUAAUAUAUUGAUACACGUAAUAUAGGUAAAUGUAGUUGUAGUCUUCUUCUGAAAUAAAUGCACUUAAUUUUUUAUUUGAUUUUUUUAGGAUAGUAGCAUAGUAGUGCCAAAACGGAAAUUUUAACAAAUCGCGUAAGUUACCUUCUUAAUUGUAGAAAUAACGUUGGCUGAAAGUUAUAAUAUCUCAACAAUUACAUACUAAUAUGUUUCAGAAUAUCUGAACUAACAUUUUUAACCAAUAAUCUCGUUUGAUGAUAAAAAAACUGAAUUAUGUUCUUCAAAUACACAAAAUGCGAGACGUGCAUAUAUCAAAUAAAUAAUUUUAAAAUAAUAUUAUAAUUGCCUUCAUUUGCAAUAGAACAUUAUUGAAUGUCGGCUUGCGAUAGAAUUUCUUCUAUGUACCAAAGGGCCUAUUAUGUAGCUUAAACACAAACACUAGGCCUAAGCAAUGCUUAUUAUAAUUUAAAUUAUUUUUUUAAUUCUUAUAGUGAAGUUAACAUUAGAGCUAUUAUUGAAUGUUCGCAUUUACGUUUAGUUAUUAUGAAAAUAAAU